UGACGAAAUAGUCUGGACGCCUAAGAAAGGAAUUAUAAUCGGAAUCGGACAAAGGAGAAGAGGUUAAAAGGCUUCUCGAGGUUCAUCCCCUCGAGAUUUUAUGACGGAUCUUUAUUUGAAUCAAUCUAGGUUUUCGAUUGCGGAUUCUAUUGAGGUAUCGGCAAAAGACGAUGCUUUCGUUGCAGAGCGAUCCUCGAUCGCAUCAGCAUCAGUAUCAACAACAACAGCAGCUGCAAUUGUCGGGAUCUACGGGAAUUUCUAGGGUUUCAUUUGAUGCGGAUCGUGAUGGUUUGUUAGCUUUGCAGUCGGAUUGUUCGUCCAAUGUUAAACCGUUGCAGGCGCCGUCGGAGUUUCAUGAAGUUGAUGAGGAAAUGCAUUUGGCCCUUGCUCAUCAGAAAUACAAGACCGGAAACUAUAAACAGGCAUUGGACCACAGCAAUGCUGUUUAUGAGAGAAAUUCACGGCGGACAGAUAAUCUUCUGCUUCUUGGUGCAAUUCAUUACCAGUUGCAUGAUUUCGAUAUGUGUAUUGCGAAGAAUGAAGAAGCUCUUCGAAUUGACCCACAUUUUGCCGAGUGCUUUGGAAACAUGGCAAAUGCUUGGAAGGAGAAAGGCAAUAUUGAUCUUGCAAUCCGCUAUUAUUUGAUUGCUAUUGAGCUUCGUCCAAAUUUCAGUGAUGCUUGGUCCAACUUAGCGAGUGCAUACAUGAGGAAAGGGCGACUCAAUGAGGCAGCGCAAUGUUGUCGCCAGGCUCUGGCCUUAAAUCCCCGCUUGGUCGAUGCUCAUAGCAACCUGGGGAAUCUGAUGAAGGCACAAGGUUCAGUGCAGGAAGCAUAUAAUUUCUAUCUUGAAGCUCUUCGCAUCCAACCUAAUUUUGCUAUUGCAUGGUCAAACCUUGCUGGUCUCUUCAUGGAGGCUGGUGAUCUUAACAGGGCCCUUCAAUAUUAUAAGGAAGCUGUUAGGCUGAAGCCAACAUUUGCUGAUGCCUACUUAAACCUAGGAAAUGUCUAUAAGGCCUUGGGAAUGCCUCAAGAGGCUAUAGUGUGUUAUCAGCGGGCUCUCCAGGCGCGAUCAGACUAUGCGAUGGCUUAUGGCAAUCUGGCUAGUGUGUAUUAUGAGCAAGGCCAGCUUGAUUUGGCAAUUCUCCAUUACAAGCAAGCGCUUGCGUUGGAUUCAGGAUUUUUAGAAGCAUAUAAUAAUUUAGGCAAUGCACUGAAAGAUUCUGGAAGAGUUGAUGAAGCAUGCAAUUGCUAUCGUGCAUGCCUCUCUCUCCAACCUAACCACCCGCAGGCUCUUACGAAUCUUGGAAAUAUUUAUAUGGAAUUGAAUAUGAUGAAUGCUGCUGCUGCAUGUUAUAAGGCAACACUGGCUGUAACAACAGGAUUGUCUGCUCCUUUCAGCAAUUUAGCGAUAAUAUAUAAGCAGCAGGGAAAUUACGUGGAUGCUAUCUCUUGCUACAAUGAAGUUCUCCGCAUAGAUCCUCUGGCAGCAGAUGGGCUUGUUAAUAGGGGUAACACAUACAAGGAGAUUGGCAGGGUUAGUGAAGCGAUUCAGGACUAUUUACGAGCUGUUAACAUUCGACCGACUAUGGCUGAAGCCCAUGCAAAUCUAGCUUCGGCUUAUAAGGACAGUGGACAUGUGGAGUCAGCUAUAAAGAGCUACAAGCAAGCGUUGGUUCUUCGGCCUGAUUUUCCGGAAGCAACUUGUAAUCUUCUUCACACCUUACAGUGUGUCUGCGAUUGGGAUGAUCGGGAUAGGAAGUUCGCUGAAGUUGAGGCGAUAAUUAGAAGACAGAUUAAGAUGUCAGUUCUUCCUAGCGUUCAGCCAUUUCAUGCAAUUGCAUAUCCCAUUGAUCCAAUGCUUGCUUUGGAGAUUAGUCGUAAAUAUGCGGCACACUGCUCUCUCAUUGCUUCCCGCUAUACGCUUCCUCCCUUCCUUCAUCCUCCAUCAAUACCCAUAAAGAGUGAGGGUAGAAACGGACGCCUAAAAGUUGGUUAUGUGAGCAGUGAUUUUGGUAACCAUCCACUCUCACAUCUUAUGGGCUCGGUAUUUGGGAUGCACAAUAGAGAAAAUGUUGAGGUGUUCUGUUAUGCGUUGAGUCAGAAUGAUGGCACUGAAUGGAGGCAGCGUAUCCAAUCUGAAGCUGAGCACUUCAUUGAUGUGUCUGCCAUGUCAUCUGAUAUGAUCGCUAGGUUGAUUAAUGAGGAUAAAAUACAGAUCCUCGUUAACCUCAAUGGUUAUACGAAGGGGGCAAGGAAUGAAAUAUUUGCCAUGCUACCAGCACCCAUUCAGGUUUCAUACAUGGGUUUCCCUGGAACCACAGGAGCAACCUACAUAGAUUACUUGGUCACUGAUGAGUUUGUUUCGCCAACUCAUUUUUCUCACAUUUACUCUGAGAAGCUUGUCCAUCUUCCUCAUUGUUAUUUCGUAAAUGAUUACAAGCAAUUUUGUCAUCAGAAAAAUCGUGAUGUGUUGGAUCCAUUAUGCCGACACAAGCGAUCAGAUUAUGGAUUACCUGAAGACAAAUUCAUAUUUGCAUGCUUCAAUCAACUAUACAAGAUGGACCCUGAAAUUGUCAAUACAUGGUGCAAUAUUCUGAAGCGUGUUCCCAAUAGUGCACUCUGGCUUCUCAGAUUCCCAGCAGCAGGCGAGAUGAGACUUCGUGCAUAUGCUGCUGCCCAGGGAGUGCGACCAGAUCAGAUUAUUUUUACAGAUGUUGCCAUGAAAAACGAGCACAUAAGACGUAGUGCUUUGGCAGAUCUGUUUCUCGACUCGCCUUUGUGCAAUGCCCACACCACUGGCACUGAUGUUCUAUGGGCUGGUUUGCCAAUGAUUACAUUGCCCUUGGAGAAAAUGGCGACUAGAGUUGCCGGUUCGUUGUGUCUGGCCACUGGAGUUGGGGAAGAGAUGAUUGUUAGCAGUAUGAAAGAAUAUGAAGACAAGGCGGUGUCAUUUGCUGAGAAUCGGCCAAAGCUCCAGGCUCUAACCAACAAACUCAAGGCAGUUCGCUUGACUUGCCCCUUGUUCGACACACAACGAUGGGUGAGGAAUCUGGAGAGGGCAUACUUCAAAAUGUGGAACCUGUAUUGCUCAGGCGGACAUCCCCAACGCUUCAAAGUUACCGAGAAUGAUGCAGAGUUCCCAUACGACAGAUGAAAAAGAGCUAUUUGGGUAGGGUGGGGUUGGACGGGAUUGUUGAUAAAGCAAGAGAAAUAUGCCAUUUAAUAUUUGUGAUUGAUUAUCCAAAUGAAGCAUAUGAGAUGUGUUAUACAUGUGGUUGGAUUUUUAAUGGGUUUAUGGCCCCCCAAGUAGAUUCAGAUUGUAAAGUAUGGGAGCCAUCUUUGGUGAAUGAAGUUGAAUUUUAUGGGAAAAUGUUUCUAGGUUUACGCUUAUUGCUUUAUAAUAUAUUGACUAAUGCAUUUCUAAA